AUGCUCCCCGAAACCACUCCGGUGUUGCCGCCUUCCACCUCCCGGGCAAGUCUAACUCAGUACAACGCCCGUGGCUCUGUACUAGGUGCUGCUGUUCCAUCAGCGCUGGCAGCGGAGCCUGCAAUGUUUUCGGUUUACGCCCCGAAGGCUGUCAACGUCCCGCCGAGUCAGGGCGGUCCAUCCGGGACGUUCUCGCUGCCGUCACCGCUCUUAAUGCAGCAUUUCUUGCCGCAGCCUCAAGCUACUGGGGGCAUGUACAAAGUGCAGCGGGCUUCCAGUUCAACCGCGGCGUUGCUAGCUGGAGGGGUCUCUACUGAGGGAAGCACUCAAGGUCUUCACACUUACGCUCAGAGGCUGCAGACCCCAGAGGACACCCCUAGAUUGUAUGAACUCCCUGUCGGACCUGCUGCUUUGCACUGCUCGAGGACCACCUGCUCCCAGCUUGGCGGGACCACCGCCUCCGGCAACAUCUACUGUCGUGGCGAGAGGGGGAGGGCCUUCAAUGUCGUACCCGGUGAGGCGACUAAGUACGGAGCAGCUGGAAGCGGCAAGAGGCGAUCCCAGGGUGGCAUCGUAGCGCUAGUGGCGCGUAGAGCUCAGAAAGCUGCAGGAAGGGAAGGAGCGCCUGUGCUCCAGGGGGAACCGAUUGAGGCCUGCAGUAAGGUGCUCGACACUGCGUCUGCAAGCAACAACUACAAUGCUAAGGAAGUGGCUAGGGUCAUGGAGGAGAAUGCUAGUUUGAGGCGGAGAGUGAGCACGCUGGAGAGAAAGUUGGCGGACCUGCAAGCUGAGCUCGAGGUUAAGGAUCAUCUAUUGGAAACAGCAAAGAUCAACACAAAUGAUGGACAUCAGACGGAGCGAAACACACCGAAUUCAGCAAAAUUGUCCAACAGCUCCAAGCAGUCUGCCAUGGGCUUGGAAUUGAUGGCAAGCCGUUUGGUGGCACUCAUGCGUGGAGGCAUCGCCAACUUGUUGUAUCCUCCUUAG